GACCUCUGAAUGUCCAACUGAAGCCUACACGGUGAGAGUGCCGUCCCGUCAUACAAUGGGUACCUGGGAGGAUGACGAGUGGGUGGCCCUUCCCCUUAAGCUCAGCGUGCCUCAUCGAUGACGAAAUCAAAAUACUAGUACUUCUUGUCACUGGUUUCGCUCCUUUACCACCGGUCAAAACCAAAAUACAAUAAACAAGCACUACUGUCGUUUUCCCCCCAAAGCCAUCACCUAACGAACGCGCAGAGAAAACGCAGGAGUACGACGACGAAAUCAACUAACUCCCCAAACUCUUCAAUCUUUCGUUAUUAUGGGAUUAUAAUGUCCAAACCAGGCAACAACUUCAUGCAAACCCUCUUGAGGCCUUUCAGAUCUUCCAAAGACGAAAACCACGAGCAGGAGUUGGAGCAGAUCGCUGCACAGGAGCAGAAGCAAUUCUCCUUCGCAACCCUAGCUUCCGCCACCAAAGAUUUCCACCCUGAUAACAAGCUCGGCCAAGGCGGAUUUGGUCCUGUUUUCAAGGGCAAGUUGGAGGAUGGAAGGGAGAUUGCAGUGAAGAAACUUUCGCAUAGCUCAGGCCAGGGGAAGAAAGAGUUCACGAACGAGGCAAAACUGUUGGCACGAGUGCAGCACCGGAAUGUGGUGAAUCUGUUGGGUUAUUGUGCUCAUGGUCCGGAGAGGCUGCUUGUAUAUGAGUAUGUUGCUAAUGAGAGUCUCGACAAGCAUCUAUUCAAGUCUGGGAGAAGAGAUGCACUUGAUUGGAAGCGGAGGUAUGACAUAAUCAUGGGCGUUGCUCGGGGCUUGCUUUACCUUCAUGAAGGUUCGCCCAGUGUAAUCACCCACCGUGACAUCAAGGCAGGCAAUAUCCUACUAGAUGAUAAAUGGGUUCCAAAAAUUGCUGAUUUUGGCAUGGCUCGCCUAUUCCCUGAAGAUGAAACACAUGUGAAUACCCGUGUAGCUGGUACCAAUGGAUAUAUGGCUCCUGAGUACGUCAUGCAUGGACGUCUAUCUCCGAAGGCAGAUGUAUACAGCUUUGGGGUCGUCGUUUUGGAGCUGAUAAGCGGUCAGAAGAACUCGAGUUUCAUCCCAAUUUUGGAUGCUGAAAAUCUACUGGAAUGGGCAUAUGAGCUGUACAAGAAAGGCAAGAGCUUGGAGGUUAUGGACCCCGCACUGGCAUCAUCAGCUGUCCCUGAUCAGGUAGCAAUGUGUGUACAAAUUGGGUUGCUUUGUACCCAGUCCGAUCCCGAUCGACCCACUAUGGAUCGUGUCAUGUUAUUGCUCUCAAAGAAACCCGGAACCCUAGUAGAAAAACCAAGGAGACCUGGAUAUCCCGGUUCUAGGUAUAGGAGAUCCAGUAGGCCCACUGCAUCAAUCGAUUCGGGCAAUUUUGAUUCCGAUACGUUUGGUUCCACCAUAAAUAGUGACAGUCAUAGUGCCACAACUACGAGCACAUCACGUCGUACAAGCCGGCAAUCAACUUCUCGUGGAAAGCUUCCUAUGCAAGGUUAGGCUCAUAUUCUUUGUAAGAGAGUUGGCAUGUUAGUCUUCAUUUAUAAAUAUCUUUAUUUUGUUUCUUUGUUGAUUUUGUAAAUUUCUUGGAGUAUUUGAUGAACACUAAGGUGUUGUUAGGUUGGUGGUUAUACUUGACAUGGGAGAGGGCAAUGAAUCAGUAAAUAUACGUAGUGCUCCUCUUCAUUUUA